AACAUACUACUCAGUGAAAGUAGUUCCCGCAGGAUUCGGGCAUUGCCGUAUUGUCGAAUACUUAAAUCAUAAUUCUUUUUCUGUCGAAAUGAAGGCAAAUGUUUUCUCCAUAUUGAUGCUGGCCCAAGGGAUUGCGGGUCAUGCUAUCAAACGAGUCCCGGCCGAACAGUCCGACGCCGCAUGCAAAUCUACCGGCAAGGUCCUCUACUUCAUCACCAACGACGCCGUCAACUCGGUCGUCGCAUUGCCCAUUAACUCCGAUGGCACCCUUUCGGCUGGUACCCUCACAGCCUCCGGCGGCAACGGAUCCAGUUCCAUAGACGGCACCACACAGCAACCUGCAGGGCCAGAUGCACUUGCGAGUCAAUCUGCGCUCACCAUUGCAGGACAAUACAUAUUCGCCGUUAAUCCCGGAAGCAACUCACUCAGCAUGCUAUCAAUCUCGAAGCACGACCCCACCAAGUUAACCCUCGUCGGCAAACCCGCCCCGGUCCCAGCAGAAUUCCCUACCACCGUAGCAGCAUCAUCGAAGAACAAGCUAGCAUGUGUCGGAGCUACCGGAAAGGUCGCCGGUAUCACCUGCGCCUCUUUCUCAAGGAAGGGUCUUGGAGCCAUGGACACUCUCCGAAGCAUCGAUCUCGGGCAAACGACACCACCGGUCGGCCCCACGAACACGGUAUCGCACGCUUUCUUCUCCGAGGAUGAGUCGACACUCUUUACUAUGGUCAAGGGUGACCCUACCGUGAACAAGACUGGCUUCAUGUCAACUCUAGCCGUACAGCAGAACACAUGUGGAGGCGCUUCCACAGCUUCGGUGGCUCCCGAGGAUGCUCGUACUUCUCCCAACGGCACCGCUGUCCUAUUCGGUUCCCAAGUAAUCCCCGGAACCAACAACCUCUUCGUCACCGACGCCUCAUUCGGUGCCGCGGUACUCUCAGUCGACGCAAAGACCGGCCAAGCCUCAGUAGUCCGCAAGCAAGCCAUCGACGGCCAAGUAGCAACAUGCUGGUCUGCACUAGCACCCGCUACGGGAAGCGUUUUCGUAACCGAUGUAGCCGUGCCCCGUGUCGUCGAGAUGAGCCCCAAGGACGCGAGUAUCAUCUCCGAAAUCGACCUUUCCGCCGGCGGAGACUCAGGUUUCAUCGACUUGAAGGCCGCUGGCGACUUUUUGUACGUGUUAUCACCUGGUAAUGGAACUGGAAGCGCUGCUGUUGUUGUCAUGGAUAUCUCCGCCGGCCAGGGCAAGUCGAAGACGAUCCAAAGAUUCACUCUGGAUGGUGUGGCUGGAAAGAGCUCCCAGGGAUUGGCGAUUCUUGAAUAGCCGCCUUUAAAAAGUUUCUUAUGUUCUUCGUAUAUAAAAUAUUGGUAAAUUGAA